AUGAAGUUUCAUGACACUGUUGCAAUUGUGACGGGCGGCGCCCGGGGCUUUGGCCGUGCGUUUGCAGAAGAGAUUUUGGCCAAACGUGGCAAAGUCCUGAUCUCGGACGUGAAUGUACAUGAGUUGCAAGCUACAGGAAAGGAGCUACAGUGUAAAUUUGGUGAAAGCAACGUGUGUUGGGAACGCCAGAACGUCACGGAAAAAAACAGUUUCUCCCAUGCCUUUGCAUGCGCCAGAACGUACUUUAAGAAACCUGUGAAUGUGCUGGUCAACAACGCUGGUAUUGCGGGCGACAUGACGUUUUAUGAGCCAGAUAGCACGACCUGGGAAUCAGUCGUGGAGAUCGACCUCGUUGCGCUCAUCCGUGGCACCAAAUGUGCCAUUACCGAGUUUAAACGCACGCUUAAUGGCAAAGAAGGUGUGAUCGUGAACGUUAGCAGCAUGGCUGGGCUCAUGACUGUACCGUUUGGACCUGUCUAUGCUGCUGCAAAGGCUGGCGUCGUGGGGUUUACGCGUUCACUGUACUCGCUCAAAAAGUCUGACAACAUCCGUUGCUUUUGCAUGUGCCCGGGCUUUGCUGAGACAAAGAUGGGUCGCGAGGCUAAUGCUGAGGUCCCCGAGUAUAUCAAUAUGAUGGGUGGUCUCAUGCCUGUCAAGGUUGUCGUCGACGCUUUUUCCGCUGGCUUGCGCGACCCUGGCAACUCAGGUCGUGUGCAACGCAUUAUGAAGAAGAACACCUUAUAUUAUCGCUUUCCAGGUGACAAGGUGCUUUUUCCUGACUCCAAGCUGUAA